AUGGCGGACAGCAACCUAUCGCUCACCGUUCCCUCUUACACCUGGCCCCUGCUCGUCGGCUCAGCCAUCAUCUACCUGUUGAUGCGUCGUCGGCUGGAGAAGGCACAGUGGACCUCGAACCCACCCUCACUCAAGGAGAAGACUGCCGGGAUCCAUCUCACUGGCGAUCAAGUCAUCUCGCCCAGAACUUUGGACUACCUUGAGAACAUGCGGGAUCAAUGGCAGAUCCCUGGAGUCUCUAUUGCCAUUGUCAGAAUGAACAAGGAUGGGGCAUGGGAGAAACAGACCAUUGGGUUGGGCAGGAAGGAUGCAGAGGGUAAUCAAGUUACUGAAAGAACUCUUUUCAGCAUUGGAUCCAACUCAAAACUCUUUACCACCAUUGCUGCUGGUCUUUCCUUGUCCCAAGCUAAAUUGUCUUGGCACUCACUUGUGAAAGAUGUCAUUCCGUAUUUUCAAAUGAUGAACAAGGAAGCAGAGGAGCAAGCUACAUUCAUUGACCUGAUGAGCCACCAGACGGGAUUGGCAAGGCAUGACAUUUCCUACAACGCUGACAUCACAGUUGAAGAAAUGACCAAAUCCCUUGCCCACUUGAAGCCCUCGGCUCCUUUCAAAUCACUCUAUCAGUACAACAAUAUUGCCUACAACACUGUCUCGUCUCUGCCUGAGCUACUCCUUGGCCAGAAGUUUGAUGAGUUUAUCAAAAAUAUCAUCUUGGGCCCUUUGGGGAUGAAUCAUAGCUUCUAUGAUAUUGAGUUUGCAAGGGCAACACAAGACCUCAGCAGCGCAUUUGCCAGAAAGAUAUCCAUUGGCCAAUCAGGUCUACAAGACGUUGAGGUUGCCCAGGAGGACAUCAAGGCAGGAAGGAGGCUGAGCAAUGAAGGUAGAGGGAGUGAACAAGCUCUUGGUUGGCCCAUACAAUACUGGCAAGGAGGUGCUGGGGCAGGUGGCAUAAUCACAUGUUCCAAAGAUCUGACCAUUUGGCUACAAACCAUGCUAUUGAAUGGAGAACAUCCAGAAACGCAAAAGCAGAUUAUCCCAUCUUGGAUCUUUCAAGAUGCUAUCAAGCCACAGGUUCCAAUUGUCCCUCAACCGGAAGACUCAGAAAUGACAAAGUCAUUCUACGGUCUUGCUCAGAUGACCUCUACUUAUCGCAACCACAAGAUCAUCUACCAUCCUGGAGGAAUGCCUGGACAGCGCUCUGCCUUCAUCAGGCUCCCUGAUGAGAUGCUAGGAGUUGCCAUCAUGUGCAAUGAUGAUGAUCUUGGUGACCUGUUCAAUGAAGUGGCAAAGUGGAGGAUCAUUGAUGAUCUGUUGGGACUUGGUCCAGUUGACUUCAAGACUAGGAGGAUGAACAAGUUCCUGGAUGACCACAAACCCAAGCUUCCCAAAAGGAAGCCUGGAAACCCCAAGCCCCCUACCAACGGAUUCGAAGCCAUUGCUGGGCGCUAUCAUGACGCAGGAUAUGGUGACAUUGAGCUACAUCCCCUCAUCACUGCCCGGAAUGCUGGUGAAUCGGCCUGGUCCUUCACCACCAAGUUUGACAAGAUCUUUUGCAAGGAGCUCCUGUUCGAGCAUUUUGAUGGUGACAUUUUUUAUGUGACAGCCAAGAUCACUUUUGAAACAGGUGCUGUCAUUUGGGACAUGACUGGUCAAGGCAUCCAAGCUCAUUUUGGAGAAGGUGGAGUGGGACUUCAGCACAUCUGGGGGGAGGGUCUUCCAGAUGGCAACAUGGAGAGGGAUGGCAUCAGGAAGGGAUCCGAGGUGUUCUUUGUCAAGGCUUGGCUGGUCAUCUAUGCGGCGUUGUCAAACAUGCUGCCAAUGCCUUACAUAAUGGUUAAGAACAUUCGAUCUUCUCAAGACAUCUGCCAUCUAUCAGAUACAGUGACGCCUGCGUCAUUUGAAUCCCGAUCGCGAGACCCCCCGCCCGAAGCCGGAGUGCACAACCUUGACUCUACCAAAUGUCUCACUGCACGCUCCUCUCGAGAGCGCUGCGUCCCGUUCCACCUCGAAGACCCAAACCCUGCUCGUACCGAGACACCUCUCCCUUAUCCGUAA